AGCUGGAACCCAACCCCAAAGCCAGACCGUACACACUGCCCUGUCCUAGAGAGUGUGCGUGCGAGGCAGUGAGCUAGUGAGAGAGUAAGGGGAGGAAAGGAAGAGCAGAGACUCCGUUCUUGUGUACACAUCUCCGUCACUCGGAAUAGCGACGCAGCCGAGCAAGGAACAAAAGCGUCACCGAUCUCUCAGAACAUUCUAGACCACUGUAAAUUUCUUGUGCAGUACCCUUUCGGGCCUGUAAAGUUUGUGAGUUGUACAGGAUUCUCAGUACAAACAACCAUUUCCAUGGAGUUGUACGGUCGGAACCCGGCUAGGAAUGGGUCGCAACCGGGUAAUCAAUAUGAAUGGCACGCAUCAGGCGGCGAAACUGGGCUUGAAGAGCCGAUGUGGCAACUAACCAUCGGUGGCAGCGAAUCUUACCCGGAGCGACCAGGCGUGCCCAAUUGUGUGUAUUACAUGCGAACCGGGUUCUGUGGAUACGGUAGCAGGUGCCGUUACAAUCAUCCUCGUGAUCGUGCUGCGGUAGCAGCUGCUGUUAGAGCUACAGGGGAGUACCCAGAACGAGUGGGGGAACCUUCAUGUCAGUAUUAUUUAAAAACGGGGACCUGCAAAUUCGGUGCAUCCUGUAAAUUUCACCAUCCAAAACACGGAGGUGGAUCAUUAAGUCAAGCUCCACUAAAUAUUCAUGGAUACCCGUUACGCCCGGGUGAGAAAGAAUGCUCCUACUAUUUGAAAACGGGGCAGUGCAAAUUUGGCAUGACCUGUAAAUUCCAUCAUCCUCAUCCUGCUGGUGCAUCAAUGCCAGCAUCUGCACCUCAGUUUUAUCAACAGGUGCAGUCUCCUACAGUCCCUCUAGCUGAACAGUAUGGGGGGGCAUCCAACAGUUUGAGAGUAGCUAGGCCUUCAAUGUUGCCUGGUUCAUAUGUGCAAGGGGCUUAUGGUCCUGUCCUUCUUUCUCCAGGGGUUGUUCCCUUUGCAGGAUGGAGUCAUUAUACGGCACCUGUGAGUCCUGUGUUAUCACCUGGUGCUCAAUCUGCUGUUGGGGCUACUUCUCUGUAUGGAGUGACCCAGUUGUCUUCAACAACAUCAGCUUUUGCUAGACCAUAUACUCCUCUUCCCUCUACUACUGGCCUUUCGGGCAGUGGCCUGAAGGAACAAUUAUUUCCUGAAAGGCCUGGUGAACCUGAAUGCCAAUACUAUCUGAGAACAGGAGACUGCAAAUAUGGAUCAGCAUGUCGAUAUCAUCAUCCUAGGGACUGGACUGUGACUCGGCCACUUCUCAGCUCCAUUGGUCUUCCUUUACGUCCGCAUGCUUGAGACAAGCAAACCCAUGGAGAAACCAAGGGCGCACUUGAGUAACAAAUUUUUGGAUUCCAAAGCAUCACUCCUUAUUUUUGAGUGCCUGAUCGAAGAAGAGCAUGGAUGGGAAUAUAUUCUAUCAAAGGUUUAUGUACAUUACAUGUACAGCAUUAUAAAUUUUGGUUGCAACCAAGUUUUUCGGCUUGUAAUGGGAUAGAGAACGUGAGAAGCAGUUUAACACAUUUUGGGGCUGUAAUUUUGUUUACAGAAAGCUUGCAUUCAGAACUGCAGUAGUGACUUAAUAUGAAGUCUAAUGGCUUUACUUAAACUUAUUUAUUUUUACUUUGCUCUACCACUUUUCUUAGCUGUGUAUAUCAGUGGCUUUGAGAGUGUUUCCUUGCAGUGUUAGCCACUUUUACAGGCACUGAAGGAUGGUAAUAAUCUUUAAUCACAUUUAAAUAAUGGGGUGCUUUCCCAUUUUCCUUGAAUUUAGAUUAUGUUCUUUUAGUAUGUACAUCGGAGCUAAUAUAUAUUUUCUUUGCAGUUAAAUGCCCAUCUGGUGUCGCUAAGAUCAUUUAUAUGAUUUUUUAUUCACUUGCAUGUGUGCUAGUGUUGGCCCAGAUUUUCCUAGCCUUUUCUUAUCUUGCAUUUUAUUAUUCUGUGAAUGAUGUUUUGUGAUUUUUUUACUUCUGCUGUUUAAUUUGACGCUACCUACUUGUUGAAAGAAUUGCUCUGACUGAUCAUUUCCAAGCCUGCUGUGUAAUAGCAUGUUUUGAGAGAUAAUAAGAAAUGGGACAAAUAUAAUGUUAUUGGAUAUUAUUUGUUGCUAACAACACAAGGAUUAAGUUCUAAACAUUCUCAUGUUGUUUUGCUGCAUUACAAUUAAUGUUCUUUCUUUUGGGAAUUUUUUCUUAAUCAAUCCCUU